AUGCUCGCGCUGCACGUCGCGGGCGGCGCGGCGUACGGCGCGCGGUUGGCGGCGUUUUUGUUUUAUCGAAGCGUGACGUGGGACGAGUGGCGAGAACGCGCGAAGAACGCGCCGGAGGCGAACGCGAAGAGUUUCGCCAAGCAAACACUCGUCAUCGCGCUGUGCUCGGCGUUGUACGCGAUGAUGAGUUCGCCGAUGAUGUGGCACGCGCAAAACGUGAACGCGGUGAACGCGGCCAAGUACGCGGGCGUCAUCGCCGUCGGCUUGGCGCUCGAGUGGGUGGGGUUGAUUCUCGAAGCCGUGGCGGAUCAGCAAAAGUUCAACUACAAAGCCACCGAGGAAGGGAAGACGAAGUGGUGCUCGAAAGGGCUGUAUAAGUUUUGCCGUCAUCCGAAUUAUCUCGGCGAGAUCAUGUUCUGGGUGGGGUUGUACGUCGCGGGUUUUCCCGCCAUGUUGACGCGACCGAUCACGCUCGUGCCGUCUUCGCUCGGUUUACUCUUCAUCGUGAAACUGAUGACGAGCGCGGCGAAGCGUGGGGAUAAGAAACAGCUUGAGAAAUACGGUGAGGACAACGCGGCAUACAAAGCGUGGGUCGAAUCGACGUGUUCGCUCGUUCCUGGAAAUUAA